AUGGGAUUUACGUGCACCUUGGCACCCAUCAUUCAAGAACGUAAAGAUUACAAUGAUAAUGUGUGGAACAGCGAAUGUCGAGCAUCUGUGGCUUGUAUGUUCCUCUGCUUUUUCAUGUUCUGCUUCGCGAUAAUCAUUCUGGGUGUGGCUAUCUGUUGUCAAACCAGUGAUUAUUGCCUGGGGAUUGCUAUCGCCACACUGGCCGCGUUAUGCGCAUUCUUUGGGACCACAUCGUACGCCACAUUUAAACACGGCAAUUGCGAGUUCAUAGACGCAUUCAAACGACCCCGUCAUCCGAAAGAGAUACCAUCAAACGGGGAAUGGUUAUUCGGAAACAUGGCCUCUGGUUUUGCUCUUUUCAUCAACUCCAUGCUGUUGGUCAUACCACAAGCUAAGAAAGCGUGA